AUGGACUUGUCGCAAGGAGGCCGCGCCGAAGCGCGGCAAAUUUGUUCGGAUAACGCUUGGCCCAUCCAACAAGACGAUUCUCGUCCGAUUGACGUUGUUGCGCCCCGAGCGCUCGUGGAGCCGCGUCAAGAGGCGUACGAGGGAACCGAUGACGACGACGACGACGAGUCGCACGCGUGGAAGAUGCCGCUUGCUGCGACGAUGAGGGCGGCGUCCGCACCCACAGGCUCUGCGUUCGGCGGAACCCUGUCGCGCGUCGCAUGUCGCAGUCGCAUUAGGAACGUGCGAAGCUCCGGUUGGGCGUCGGACGGCGAGGAGUCGGACGACGGCGGCGACUGGUGUGCGACGGUCGCGCACGACGAAUGGGCGCCGGUGCGACGGCGACUGUCCUUCGCCGAGCAAGAGUCGACGGGCGACGAGGCUGCGACUACCGGCAGGCCGGAGGCGGGAAUUGAGGAGAGGGGGGCCGGAAUCUCCCCCUGUGGCGGUGUGAGCGACCUUCUUGCUGCGUUCGCUCGCACGUGCUCCAUCGCCGCCGCUUGUCCUGCGCCCGCAGCCACGUGUCCACCCGUCGUUGCGUCGCAAGAAGCGUCGCACGGCAUGGAGGUCGCAUUCGCUGCACGAGCGCUGGUUGGCGUCGCAGGGGAGCGCGGAAUUGGGGGCGGCGAAGGCGGGGAGCGGGGGUUGGGGGUUGUAAGGUGGAGGGUACGGACGUGCGGGGCAGGGGGCAUGGGGGGUGGUGGAGCGGGGAUGAAAGGGGGAAAGCGCAGGGCGGAGAAGAGAGGGAGGGAGAGUGAUAGCGAUGGGGAUAGGGAAAGUGGGGAGGAGAGUGAGGAGGAGAGCGGUAGUGGCGGCGACGGUACGUCUGGGAGUAGUGGCGAUGGGGAUGACGACGAGGAGGGGGAGGAGGAGGAGGAAGGAGAGGAGAGUGAGGAGGACGAAGAGGAGGAGGGUGAUGAAGAGGAGGAGGGUGAGGAGGAGGAAGAGGAGGAGGAGGGAGAGGAGGGUGAAGAGGAGGGAGAGGCGGUCGAAGAGGACGAGGAAGAGGAGCGUCAAGAGGAGGAGAUGAAGCAGGGGUGCGGCCGCAUCGCGCUCAUCCACCGCCUGCACUUCCCCGACUCGGGCCGCUUCCGAGGAAUUGCACUCGUCACUUUUAAGACGGCCAUCGGAGCACGCAAGGCAUUGGAGCUGGACGGCGUUGACAUGGACGGCCGUUUCCUUCGCAUCAAGCCCUGCCGGGUCAACCCCUCCGCCUCCUCCGGCCCCACUCCUCCUACCCUCUCCGCUGCUCACCCCAUCCCCACCACCGCCACCGCCGCCGCACCCCACCCCAAGGCUCCCUCCGACCUGCCGCCUCCCCAGCGCGCACCAGGCAGUCUCCGCGCGUACGUGGGCAAUCUGGCGUGGAGCAUGGACGAGGCGGCUGUAGCGGCCUUCUUCCCCGGCUGUAGCAUCGCCGCCGUGCGCCUGGCGAGGAAUGCGGAGACCGGGCGGCACAAGGGGUACGGGCAUGUGGAUUUUGCGGAUGAGGAGAGCUUGGAGCGGGCGAUUGGGAGGAAUCAGCAGGUGGCGUGCGGUAGGCCGGUUAAGGUGGCGUAUGCUGUGGCUAGCAGGGGGGGUGUGGUAGGCGGAGGGGGUAUGGGGAGCGGAGGAGCAGGGGGGCCAGGGAGGAUGGGAGGGGUAGCAGGGGGAGCAGGUGGAGCAGGGGGUGGGGGAAGCGGGCAUGGGGGUGCGGGGGCUGGGGGUUUUGCAGUGGAGAUGGGGGGAGGUGGGGAUGCGAUGGAGCAGGAGCAUGGAGGGGCGGGGGGCAGGAAGGGUAAGGGAAGGAAGAAGGGCGCGGAGGGGUGUUUUGUGUGUGGGGAUGAGGGGCACAAGUCGUUUGACUGCCCGGAGAAACACCGCAAGAUGAAGCGACACAAGAGCCAGUGA